CAGCAGUAGGAGAUGUGGUGCUGGUAGAGAAACACAAUAAUACAUUGGAUAAAAUAACACAGUUUAUACCUUUCUCAGGUUGGUCAACUACUACGUCACAAUGUUACUCAACCCAUCACAUCUCUCAUAUAUUGUCUUGUCGCCGGUUUUAUCAGCAGUGUUUGCAUUGCUGAACAUUGUGACCAUUUACAUAUUCUGUCGACAUUUGCGCCUUUCAACCCUCUCGCUGAUUGUCAUGGUCAACAUCUGUGCAUGUGACGUAUUUGUUUGCGUCAUUUCCAACACGUUCUACAUUAUAAAUCUUCUACAUCCGGUAUACGCAUGGUCGACAGGUGGCGCUAGCUGCAAGAUAUUCAAAUUCGUAACGAUGCUCACCAAUAUUGCGCAGAUCUACUUUCUAUGUAUACUAAAUGCCGACCGAAUCCGUCGUCUUGUUCACAAUACCUCGAAGCAAUGGAAGAAACGGGAAGGUGUAUUAUUUGUGUCUGUUGCUUGGAUAGCGGCGACAAUCAUAUGUUUGCCACGCCUUGUUCUCUUUGACGAAAAAAGCAUUUCAAAAUUUUCACCCAAAGAAAAUGCAACAAUAGUUGUAUCUUUUAACUGCAAGCCAACUGGAAUGAAUCCAACCAUGUAUGCUGUCGUCACGGUCGCAACAUUUGUUGUUGCUUAUGCACUCCCGGCAACGUACAUCUUGUUUUCUUUAAUACGAUCACAGGUUUUCAUGUGGAGCAGACGAAAACAAAUACACAUCUCAACCACAUCAAAUGCAGUGAUCAGAAUGCAUCACAAGCUUGCACUCACGUUUAAUCUGACGGGCGCUUUGUUUCUGGCAAUCUGGACGCCAUUUUUCGUCCUGUCAUUAGUCGACCUGUCCCAUGACCUCUUGAAUACCGAGGAAAGCAGAAAUGUUAACUUUGCAUUACGUUGUACACUUCUCAUUUUAGGAAGUGCCAAACCUCUGAUAUAUAUUGUUUGCUUGGACAGAUUCAGGAACUGUUUUACAUUUGGUUUGACAAAUAGAAGCAUAGAGGGCAGCACUUGGUCAGGUAGUCAUACGGACAACACGAGUUUGACAAAGAAAAAUACAAACAGCAACGACAGUCCGAAUGUCAUCAAAACCGAAUCAACAGUUUGA